UGUUCUUCGCCCUGUGUGACCCCAGGACAAUAAUUGCCCAGGUGAAGGAGCAGGACCCCAGGACAAUAAUUGCCCAGGUGAAGGAGCAGGACCCCAGGACAAUAACUGUCCAGGUGAAGGAGCAGGGGAGCAGGACAAUAAUUGUUCAAGUGAAGGAGCAGGACCCCAGGACAAUAACUGCCCAGGCCCCGGAAGAUGUAGAGCGGCCAGCGGCGCGCAGCGGGGCCCGGCCUCCCUCACCAUGGCCAAGAGGGGCUCCAGCAGCCGCGCCAGGGGGGACAAGCCCGACGCCCUGGCCGCCCUGCAGGCCGCCAACGAGGAGCUCCGGGCCAAGCUCACCGACAUCCAGAUCGAGCUCCAGCAGGAGAAGAGCAAGGUCAGCAAGUUGGAAAGGGAGAAGAAUCAGGAAGUGAAGCAGAUCAAGGAGCACGAACAGCAUAAAAGCACAGUGGUGGUCACAGAGCUCAAAGUCAAACUUCAUGAAGACAAAAUGAAGGAGCUCCAAGCUGUUCGAGAAACUCUUCUGAGACAGCACGAAGCCGAGCUGCUCAGAGUAAUAAAAAUUAAAGACAAUGAAAUCCAGAGACUCCAGACCCUGCUGAACGCCGUGCGUGAGGGGGGCCCCGACAAGGUGAAAACGGUGCUGCUCACCGAGGCCAAGGAGGAGGCCAAGAAGGGCUUUGAGGUGGAGAAAAUCAAAAUGCAGCAAGAAAUUUCUGAGCUGAAGGGGGCCAAGAAGCAGGUGGAGGAGGCUCUGACAAUGGUGAUCCAGGCUGACAAGAUGAAAGCAGCCGAGAUCAGGAGCGUGUACCACCUGCACCAGGAGGAGAUCACCCGCAUCAAGAGGGAGUGCGAGAGGGAAAUCCGCAGGCUGAUGGAGGAGAUUAAGUUUAAGGACAGAGCAGUCUUCGUGCUGGAGAGAGAGUUAGGGGUGCGAGCCGGGCACGCUCAGAGACUGCAGCUCCAAAAGGAGGCUUUAGAUGAACAACUGUCCCAGCUCAAAGAGUCUGACCGGCAUCUGAGCAGCCCCAAGCGGGAACUUCCUUAUGCAAGUGGUGCAGGAGACGCUUCAGAUCAUUCGGGAAGCCCCGAACAGCAGUUGGAUGAAAAGGACGCCCGGCGCUUCCAGCUGAAAAUCGCGGAGCUGAGCGGGAUCAUCCGCAAGCUGGAGGACAGGAACGCGCUGCUGUCGGAGGAGAGGAACGAGCUGUUGAAGCGUCUCAGAGAAGCAGAAAGUCAGUAUAAGCCCAUUUUGGACAAAAACAAACGCCUCAGUAGGAAGAAUGAGGAGUUGUCACAUGCCUUACGUCGAAUGGAAAAUAAAUUGAAAUUUGUGACACAGGAAAAUAUUGCCAUGAGGCAAAGAACUGGAGUGAUAAGGAGACCAAGCUCCCUAAAUGACCUCGACCACAGCCAGGAAGAAAGGGAAGUGGAUUUCCUGAGACUACAAGUUAUUGAGCAGCAAAACAUCAUUGAUGAGCUCUCCAAGACCCUGGAGACUGCUGGCUAUGUGAAGAGUGUCAUGGAACGUGAUAAGCUGCUAAGGUUCAGGAAGCAGAGGAAAAAAAUGACAAGAAUUCCUAAGAAGCCGGUGGUGGAGACGUUCUAUGGCUACGACGAGGAGGCUUCCCUGGAGUCCGAUGGCUCCUCCAUCUCCUACCAAACCGACCGCACUGACCAGACCCCCUGCACGCCUGAGGACGACCUGGAGGAGGGCAUGGCCAAGGAGGAGACGGAGCUGCGGUUCCGGCAGCUGACGAUGGAGUACCAGGCCCUGCAGCGCGCCUACGCCCUGCUGCAGGAGCAGGUCGGGGGCACCCUGGAUGCAGAACGAGAAGUCAAGACACGUGAGCAGCUCCAAGCAGAAAUACACCGGUCCCAGGCCCAGAUAGAAGACCUGGAGAAGGCUCUGGCAGAGCAGGGACAGGACAUGAAGUGGAUUGAGGAGAAGCAGGCCUUGUACAGACGGAAUCAGGAACUGGUAGAAAAGAUCAGGCAGAUGGAGGCCGAGGAGGCGCGCCUCAAACACGACGUGCAGGACGCGAAGGACCAGAACGAGCUGCUGGAGUUCAGGAUCCUGGAGCUGGAGGAGAGAGAGAGACGCUCCCCGGCCAUCACCUUCCACCACGGCCCCUUCACGGAGGGGAAGAGCCCUCUGCAGGUGUACUGCGAGGCCGAAGGUGUAACAGACAUCGUAGUAGCAGAGCUGAUGAAAAAGUUGGACAUUUUAGGGGAUAACGCCAAUCUGACCAACGAGGAGCAGGUGGUCAUCAUCCAGGCCAGGACCGUGCUGACGCUGGCCGAGAAGUGGCUCCAGCAGAUCGAGGUGACCGAGUCUGCGCUGCAGCAGAAGAUGCUGGACCUGGAGAACGAGAAGGAGCUGUUCAGCAAGCAGAAGGGCUACCUGGACGAUGAGCUGGACUUCAGGAAGCAGUCCCUGGACCAGGCUCACAAGCAAAUUCUGGAAUUAGAAGCCAUGCUCUAUGAUGCCCUGCAGCAAGAAGCUGGAGCCAAAAUUUCCGAACUUCUUUCAGAAGAGGAGAAGGAGAAGCUGAAGAGCGCCGUGGAGCAGUGGAAGCGGCAGGUGAUGAGCGAGCUCCGGGAGAGGGACGCCCAAAUCCUGCGGGAAAGGAUGGAGCUCAUCCAGCACGCCCAGCAGAGAAUUAAAGAGCUAGAAGAAAGAAUUGAAGGCCAAAAAAGACAAAUAAAAGAGUUAGAGGAAAAGCUUUCAUUCUUUGGUCAUAGUCCUUCAGGCCACAUGCACAAGCCCCCUGAGGCCACUGCAGCUGCUCCUGCUGUCCUUGCCGGAGGGACAGUCCUGCUCCCCGAGCCCCUGGCAGAGACUUGGCACUCCCCAGCCCCGGGUCUGCCUGGGUCCCUGCUGCUGGCCAUGGCAGGGGCAGGCUGGGGCACUGCCAGCGGGGCUGAGCCGGGCUGGGAGCGGGUCCCGAGAGCCCCGAGGAGCCUUUGGAGGGGACAGAACUGAGUGACACAGAAGGCAGAAGCUGCUCCUGCCCUGCUGAGCCCCCAGGAGCCUUUGGAGGGGUCAGAACUGAGUGACAGAGGGAGAAAAGCUCUGCUCCUGCCCUGCUGAGCCCCGAGGAGCCUUUGGAGGGGUCAGAACUGAGUGACACAGAAGGCAGAAGCUGCUCCUGCCCUGCUGAGCCCCGAGAGCCUUUGGACAGGACAGAGCUGAGUGACACAGAAGGCAGAAGCUGCUCCUGCCCUGCUGCAGCCCCUCACCGAUCCAGACACGGAAUUGAUCCUGGUUCCCUGCCCAGCAGUUGGCAAAUCCCUUCUCUAGAAGUGCCCGUGUCCUGUUGUCUGCCACACAGUCGUGCUCGUUCCACAGUUCUGCAAAUUCUGUCUCCAAAGAAGAUUUUAGGAAGCGUUCCAGAGGAGUAGCUCGUGAAAAGAUGGAUGUGAGUGAAAAUGAAGUGGUUUGUUCCAAGGUAUUUCUUCGUUGCACAGGCUAUGUCCUGUGUUUGUUGAAUAUCCCACAAGCCCGGUUUUAGGAAAAACAUAAAGCUACAUUCAGGAAAUCAAGCUGCAAUUCUUUUAUUUUGAGUUUUCGGUAUACCAUGAUAAGAAAAAUUAUGCAAUAAUUUAUAAUUGUCUGUCCCUGAACAAUGACAAAAGGCUUAACACUGUCCCAGCAAAACGUUCAACCUGGAAAAGGGUGAAGUAAACCAGAUUAUCCCUGAUCCACAUGCCCUGGGCUGGGAGAGCAGCAAGAGGGAACAGAAGGUGUGCCCUGGAAGAUGCCCUCGCCUCGGGGAAAGGGAGCACAAGUCCCACAGAGCCGAGCCCAGGAGGUGGCACAGGAGCUGAGAGGGAAAAGAAUCCUCCAGAAAAAUGGGUGAAGAGGGGGAAAUCCAGAAGAAAUUCCAGAGUGUGACUGACCACGUUGGAUCCACAGCCAAGCACAGAAAUGCAGGGCUGAGAGGCAAAGCCAGGCAUGAGGAACAAGACCAGGAAUGAGGACCAAGGUCGGGACCAAGGCCAGGGAUGAGGACCAAGGCCAGGACCAAGGCCAGGGAUGAAGAACAAAGCCAGGACCAAGGCCAGGACUGAGAAGCAAGACCAGGGAUGAGGACCAAGGCCAGGAGCAAGGCCAGGAGCGAGGUCCUGCUGGCAGCCAGGGUCCCAUGGUGCCCAUUCCCUGGAAGCACGGGCAGGAAGGGAUCAGAGCUCUGGGCAGGUACCUGUGCCUCUGAAGUUUAUAAAGCUAUGGAGAAAACCCUUUGAUACUGAAAUUCUUCAACCUCUUCCUGCACUUGUACAUCGACCACGUUUUAACCCAGCGCAGGGAGCUCAGCUGCAGGAACAGGAGGAAGGGAGCUGGUCAGAGAAGUGCUGCGGUAUUUGAACCAAAGGGAUGCGAUGUUUUAAGGCCAAGGUUGUGGAUUUUGUUAUCAGCGUGGGAUUCUAUCGUGGAAUUGAUUUAACAAGCUCUGAUUCUACCAAUACCAGUGCUGGGAUUCUGGGAUGAGCUGCAUUUUUGCUUCUGCCUAAAACCGGGUUCAUUUUGAGUUCUACUGAAACACUUCAUGUCUUAAAAUGCUGUAUUCCCUGGAAGCCCUGCAGUGGUGGUUGAGGUGACAAAGGGCACGUUAGGAAGUGGCUCGAGUCCAUCUCAUGGCUCUGCAUUCAGGACGUGCUCUUGCCUGGUGUGUUCGUGUGUCUCAAACACCGGUUCAGUUCUCUGAUCAACGUCCUUGAUCCUGGGGCUUUUAAGUACAAAGCCACUUGUACAGGACAGGUCCGUGUGUAAAUAAGGGAUUCUGCUUACCUAUAUGUCACUAUAAAUAUAUAUGAAGUUUUGUACAUA